UUUUAGACUUGUGCUAGAACUCUCAUGUUGCUUAAGCAAAGAGUUCACAAGCUGACUUGUGCUAGAACUCUGUUUUUGCUUAAGCAAAGAGUUCACAAGUCAGCUUGUGCUAGAACUCUGUUUUUGCUUAACAUGAGAGUUCUAGCAUGAAAUAAUUUGAACUUUUUUUAAAAAGUUGAUAAUUUAUGAUGUUUUUAAACGACGUCUUCUCCCUGGUGGUUUUUUCUGAGUGCUUCUAUUUUUUCACGUGAAAUUUCGAUAGAUUUCUACAUGUGCUUCAACUUUACUGUGUUAGAAUUUUGUUGGUUUUUUUAUGUGCUUCUGCUUUUUUUUACCUGACAACAAUUUGAUGAUUUUCUCCGUGCACUUCAGCCUUUUUCAUGUCAAGAACUUAUUGGUAUUCUACAUGUACUGAUGUUUUAUUCUUGACAGUAUUUUGGUGAUUUUCUCCGCAUGCUGCAUGUUAUUACUGACAAAUCGUUUUUUUUUUCUGUUUUUCGUGUGCUGUUGGUUAUUAUUGGCGAGAAUUUCGUUGGUUUUUUUUAGUGUGCUCCUGGUUAUUCAUGAUAAAACAAUCUGUGCAUUUUUUUCUAUAAAAUAUAUGCAAAUGUACUCACAGAUUCGUUUAAUUUGUGAAUUCAUGUUAGCAAAUAAACUUUAAUCAGACGGAGAUUAUACCACCAAAUGUUAUUACUUGCUUGAUUACUAAUAUAUCCAAAUAUAUGAGAAACGUCAACUUUCAAGAUGGUUUCCCACUCCCCUUGAGUUACAGCGAAGACCCCUCCUUUUUUCGAUCGUGAGUGAGCAUUCUACAUCCCACAAAGAAACUGUUUUGAAUUUUUUACAUUACAGCUACUAAUGAAUGAUAAUAUAAAUUUUUUCCUAAUGUACACGAGAGUUUAAAAUUGAUAAAUAGUGAUUUAAGCAAAUGUUUGUGUUCUCUCAUUUAUUAAAUUGAGAAAAAUAUGUAAUCGAAGGAACAUUAAGUAUUUUGUUUGUAAAUGAUUUUUAGCCGACUUUUUUUGUUAAUAUAUUUAUUUACUUUGUCUCUCCCUAGAUCAUCUAAGCUUGACAAGGUUAUAUUAGUACAGCUUCAUCGCUGGAAAAGAAAUAUAUACUAUUUUAUGUGUAAAAUCUUUUCUCUCUGUCAAGGAGGCGGCACGAGUCUAAGAACGAAGUGUGUGCCUUUUUUGUUUCUCUUCAUGUGAUGUAUUACUGUGUUCCAUAAUUAAGGAAUGAAUGAUCCUUUCUUUCUAAAUCUAACAUUCUGUGAUAGCAUUCGCAGAAUUGUGAUUGAAAGGGCUGUUAGUUGCGUGGUGAUUUUUCGAGAAAUAUGCAGUGUUUUAUAUGAUUCAAUUAUUUUGAAAUGCAUUAUUUUAAUGUGUUUCACUGUCCUAUGUUUGCUGUUUCAGGAGGUCCACCUAGUCAGAGGUGAAACUGCAUUAGUGAAAAGAGAUAAUUGCAAUGCUUGCUAACGCUUCUAGUGCAGUUUCGUCUCUAAGCGUAGGGGGCUUGGACUGGCAUGCAGUCAUCUCGUAGUUCAUAUGUUAAGUAUGAUAUUUGUGUGGUAUCCAGACAUCAGACCUAUGGUUUGGAAAAAAUGAAGAUAAUUGUGUAAUAAAAUGUUCUCGCAUGCAAGGACUUGCACAUGAGGUUUCAUCUCUAAAAUUAACUUUGAAAAAAUAUUAAUUUUUAGCUCCUUUUCAUAAACAGAUGUAAGUCUUGAGUGGUUUUCAAAAUAUUGUUUCCUUCUGAAGUCAUGCAGGGUGUAUGUAUGUAUGUAUGUAUGUGUGUGUGUGUAAAUAACCAAGUGUCUGUAUGUCAUGUGCAAUUUUUUCAUAAACAAAUUAGCAUCUUUAGCGGUUAUUUUAAUCAAUAUUUCUAACCUGAAGCUGCGCACUUCGUAUGUGCGGUCUCCUGGCAUGUAAAUAAUGCCUUGUGUAAUAACAAUUUUUUGAGGGGUGUGGGGUGUAUGUUUGCUUAGUUAAACUGUUGUUGUUUUUUGAUGGAUAAAAGUAUUAAUUCUGAGUCGUUGAAGGCAACAAGGGCGUUCCAGAGGUAAUCCAUCAGCCCAAUCCUAGUAAAGACUCUAGUGUUGUCCGCUCGUUUUGCAGUAUGGUUUCUGGUACCAUACAAUCCACACAAAAUUUAAAUAUUAUGUGUUUUAAUAUGUUGCCUUUGUAAAAAUAAGUACAUUAUGUGGGCGAGUAUGUAUUUCAUCUCAGUGCAUGCAUGCGUAUGCAUGUGUGUGUAAGUGUGUGCAUGUGUGUGCAUGUGUGUGGUAGGAUGGUUAAGUCUAACAUGUAAAUAAAACCUGUAUGAGAUAAUAUAAUUUUUAAUUUCUAGAUGCAGUAACAGCAUCCUAGGAUGAAAUUUCUACCGUAAGGUUUAAGGGAAGCAAAUUUUUUUGGUCUUGCAGAAUUUUAGCAUGAUGGUGAAGCAGCAUCAUUGUAUGAGGGGAAGAGAGGGAGAUGUUUUAUUUGACCAAUGAAAAGAGAGCUUAAGGAAAGUCUCCUUAAAUGGUUGUGAAACGGGUUGGUUCCUGGAACAUCAGCAAAAUGUGUCAUACUAUGGAUGUUCAACUGAUUGUUCGCAAUGAAAUGCUAAAAAAUUUUAAACGAAUGUUGGUCAUAACUAAUGUAGAAUAAAUUUUUAAUGUUAUAGUUUUGUAAUGUGUUCUUACUUUUAAUAAAUGUAUUAAACUUACCCUAUUUAUUUUUAUUUAUUUCCUUACAUAUCUAUAAUGAAUAUUUAGCUGUAUGUUCCUCGAACGCAGCUUGAGUGCUUCGUAAUGACACUUUAACGAGUCUAUUGCCGUAGACCAUGACUGCUACCUGAGCGCCUCAUGGCGCCACAAAGUCGGGCGACUAAUGGAUCUGUUGUGACAUGCAUAGUCAAGUCUAUUGUUCGGGUCCCCUCGGCACUGCGAGACGACAUUCCUGAGUGAUGAGUCACGAUGCAUGCAGUGCCUCGCGACCUAAUCUCUAAUCACCUAGGCUAUUAGUGGUUUUACCCGAGAGUGGUUUCCUAUGUUAAGUUAUUACCUACAUUUCUACCUCCCACCCCUCACAUACCUGCUACGACCUGCGCAUGAGUCAUGCUGGGUUUUUCCGAAGACAAUGGUACUUCCCCUCCACAUACUACAUUCCUAUUGGUAGGUUCGGUAAAAAUACUAUGUUCCUAAUUGUUUUUUUCCAAGAACAAGCAGGUCCGCGGCUAUAAAAGGCCGGGAUUAGCUGUCGGAGCUUCAUUGUGUUCUUGGAGUUUGAGAGAGCUAGUUCGUGUGUGUUUCGCUGCUACCAUGAUUUCUACCACCAACGCUACUUCGUGUUCUACAACUCCACUUCAUUAUUUUCUGAGUUCUCCGUACGUCGAGCUUCCUUCGCGUGUUCCGUACGUUGAGACCAGUCUACCGAUUGUCGUGAUGGCGUCUACCGUCCAGAAAUGCCGUUUCUGCUCUGCUACAUUCACGGCAGGCAACAACCGCUACCGGCAUGAGCGUCAGUGUGCUGAGAACCAGCAUCGUAACCACCAGCAGUGCCACCUAUGUGGAAAGAUGGUCGCACGCAGCGAUAAGAUGCAGCAGCACCUUGCAUCAUGUACUGGAGCUGUCGCCACGACAUCAGGCACCCGGUGUAGCUUCUGCUACAAGGCCUUCGCCCGUGCUGAUGUCGCCAGACUACAUGAGAAGUCGGCUUGCGGUCUUAACCCAAACCGCAUAGUGAAUUCCUGCGAGAACUGCGCUAAGGAGUUCGCCAGGGCUGAUAAGUUAAAAGCCCACAUCAAGAUAUGCAAGGGGCCUGCUCCACCUCCGACAAAGAAGCAGAGGAUGGUAGCAGUUAAGCCUGCAGUUACGCCUAAGCCUUCGACCAGCCGAACAAAGGUGGUGACUGGGGCUGGUUUGGCCAAUUUCCAUGGCUUCAUCAUCGCUGAAGUAGGAUUCAAGGGCAACUUGAAGACGUAUGUGGCAGAAAACACGUCAAGUACUGCCAAGGAUAUCUGCUCGUAUCUGAACUCCAUCAAGGCAAAAAUAAUGAGCCAACUUGUAGAGGAGAUAGAGGAGAACGGUCCACUUAAAUUCAACAUCGUGCUUGAGUGUGAUUACGAAAAACCUGUGGAUGUCAGCGAAGACAAGAGAGCAUUCAAAACCAUUAAUGUGCCCCUCUACGCAGUUCAUGAGGUGGAGGAAGCAGUAACUGAAUCCAUCUCUAAGAUCUGCAAGGAGGAGGAAGACUACAUGGGAAAAGGGUCCGGAUGGACUUUGUCGGCCGUUAAGCGACUUCAACUUCGCAUAAACAAGCUCGAUCCACUCCGUGCCAGCUCCUACAUCGAACUGCCUACCACCAUCGAGUCAAGACAUGCGGUGAUAAAUCCACAAAACUUCGAAGACCACAUGUGUUUUAAGUGGUCUAUUCUUGUGAAGUACGUGGAAGGAGAGCAUCCAGAGCGUGUCAACCAGCGAUACCAUGACUUGGAAGAGAAAUUCAACUUCACGAACAUCGAGUUUCCUACUCCAAUCAGACAAAUACCGCUGUUCGAAAAACAGAACCCUGGAGUCUCCAUCAACAUCUACAGCAUCGACGAGAAUCUGAAUGUUGUACCUGCACGAGUCGCUCCUGAAGAAAAAAAACAUCAUUUCGACCUUCUGCUCUUGGUCAAUGACAAUUCAUCCCAUUUCACCUACAUUAAAAAAUUUUCUGCCCUUGUUCGGUCCCAAAUAACUACACAUCAUGAUGCUAUUCAUGUUUGCAAAAGAUGCUUCAAGCAUUAUGAUGAUCGGGAUAGGGUUAGUGGGCUCACUGGUCUUCAGUGUUUGGAAAAACACCGUGAGCUCUGCAAACAGCAUGCUUCUGUUCGGAUGGAGAUGCCUCAGCUUGAUGAAAAUGGCCAGCCUCCUGUUCUGCAGUUCAAAAACUUCCACCAUGCUGAUAAGAUGCCCAUCGUGGUUUAUUGCGACUUUGAAGCAAUUCUGGAGAAAAUCCAUAUGUGUCACCCGAAUCCUGAUGGAGCAUACACGCUGCAGUACCAAAAGCAUAAAGCAUACAGCUACUGCAUUUAUGUGAAAGCAGAUAAUACAGUCAUUCCAGCACACCUCACUUCAGCACUUCCAUCAGAGCCUGAAUUGUAUCGCGGUUGUGACGCAGAAGAUAAAUUCAUUUCUCGCAUUGUGGAGAUUGGUCAUGAUGUACAAAAAAUAUUUUUUACAUCUGUUCCUAUGACUCUGCUCACACAUGCACAGAACACUGCUUUUCUGCAAGCAGGUGUGUGUUGCUACUGUGGAGGAAAGUUCGGAAGAACUGCAAUGAAAGUUCGUGAUCACAAUCACUUUACCGGUGAAUAUCUGGGACCUGCAUGUAAUGACUGCAACCUUCUCAGGCGCAGACCAAAGAAGUUAAUUGUGUUCUUCCACAACCUGGCGUACGACCAGAACUUCAUUAUCAGGAAGUUGGGGUACGACAGUAAAGACAUCUUCAUAAUCCCGAAUUCAGAGGAGAAGCUGAUAACUUUUUCCAAGAAGUUGCAUGAUAAGUUCAGCAUUCAGUUUGUCGAUACGUUCCGUUUCAUGAGUCGAGGUCUUGCUUCGCUCGCUGAGUUCUUGCCGGCAGACAAGUUUGUCAGUACUGCUGAGUUUUUCGCGCCUGAUGAGUUGGAGUUGGUUACCCGCAAGGGUGUCUUCCCGUAUGAUUUUGUCGAUUCUUUUGCUCGACUAGAUGAUACUAGUCUUCCACCUAUCGGCGAUUUCUACAAUAGUCUGACUGAUUCCAUGAUUUCAGAGAUGGAGUACGCUCAUGCAGUGAAAGUCUGGGAUAAGUUUCAGUGUGCUACUUUGGGGGAGUACGCUGACUUGUACCUAAAGACGGAUGUUCUGAUUUUGGCGGACGUAUUCGAGAAUUUCCGUUCCAUAUGUUUGGAGACAUAUAGUUUAGAUCCGUCUCACUAUAUUUCUUGUCCUGGAUUCGCUUUCGAUGCGAUGCUUCGAACCACAGGUGUACAGCUAGAGCUUCUCACAGAUUACGACAUGUAUAUGUUUGUGGAGGCUGGUAUUAGGGGAGGAGUAGCGCAAAGCAUUAAACGUCAUUGCGUAGCCAAUAACUCCUACAUACCUGAGACAUAUGAUGCAUCCAAGCCAUCCACAUUCCUGGAGUACAUUGAUGCAAAUAAUUUGUACGGGUGGGCGAUGUCUCUGCCGCUUCCAAUUCGGCAUUUCCAAUGGGCAGACACAUCAAUUGAUGUCGUGUCUGUCCCAGAUGAUUCUCCUACAGGCUACAUUAUUGAGUGUGAUGUGGAGUACCCUCCCGAGCUCCACGAAAGUCAUAAAGACCUGCCAUUUCUCCCCGUAAAUCAAUGCCCGCCCGGCUCAAAGCAAUCAAAGCUGAUGACAACUCUUGAAAAUAAAGAGCACUACAUUGUCCACUACAAAAAUCUACAGCAAGCAGUAUCUCAUGGGCUGAGAGUGACUAAGAUACACCGAGUCCUACAGUUUGAGCAGUCGGCAUGGUUGGAGCCCUAUAUUCGGCUGAAUACCAACAAGCGGAAAGCAGCAGCCAAUGAGUUCGAGAAGGAGUUCUUUAAGCUCGCUGUGAACUCGACAUUUGGUAAACUGAUGGAAAAUAAAAGGCGGAGGCUCAAAAUGGAGUUGGUGUGCUCCGAGAAGAGGUUCAAGAAGUUGGUGUGUCGUCCGUCCUUCAAGGACCGUACAAUGUACGAACCGAAUUUGUCUCUAGUCCACCUUAAUCACGAGACCAUCAUUUUCGACAAGCCGAUCUAUGCCGGACUGGCCGUACUAGAUCUUUCAAAGACUCUCAUGUACGACUUCCACUACAAUACCAUGAAACCCCGUUACCAUGACAAUAUUCACCUGAUGUAUAUGGAUACAGACAGUUUUGUGUAUGAGAUCCAGACAACAGACUUUUACUCAGACCUCAAAGCCGACCCUACACUGAUGGCCAAAUUCGACACCAGCUGCUACCCUUCCGACCACCCAUGCUUCUCCCCCAUCAACAAGAAAGUUGUCGGUAAAUUCAAAGAUGAAUGUGGGGGAGAAGUGAUGGAGGAGUUUGUAAGCCUACGGGCCAAACUCUACGCUUACAGGUGUGGUGGUAAGAGCGAGAAAAAGGCCAAGGGCAUCCAGCGAUGUGUGGUCAAAAAACACAUAACAUUCGACGACUACCUGGAUGCCCUGCAAGACCACCGCACAAUGAGGGCAGGCGUUAGAGCAAUUCGCUCCCGUCAGCACAUACUCUAUACUGAGUACAGCAAUAAGCUGGCCAUAACGUGGGAGGACGACAAACGGCUGAUCUGCGAAGAUGGUAUCCACACAGUCCCCCACGGAUAUGUAUGAGGUGACGAAUAAUUUUUUUUCCUGUAAAUAGUUUUUGAUUUAAAUAGUUUGGCAGUUUGGUAGUUGU